CUACAAUCGAUCAUGUCUGGUAUUCAGGCCCAGCUUGACCAAGGCGCGGUCCCCCACGCUAUUUCCAAUGUCUGCCCUCCCGGCACCAAAUUUCACCUCCUCGAAGUGGGAUGGCUGGAAUGUGACAAGGGCUUUGUGAUUCGUGGUGGCAACACCAGCCUCAAGUCGACCGAGAAAUCUUCCUUCGUGAACGAACGCUGCGAGAUGCCCAUGUAUUGCGUCCUCAUCGACCACCCGCACGAAGGCUUGAUUUUGUGGGAGACGGGCAGUGGGAAAGAUUACCCCGAGGUCUGGGGCCCGGUGGUAGCCGACAUCUUCGCUCGGGUGCAGUACGAGCCUCGCCAUGAGCUGCGCGCCGCCAUCGAGGCCACUGGCCAUCGCAUCGAGGACAUCUGCAAGAUCAUCAUCGGACAUUUACAUCUGGACCAUGCGGGUGGACUGGACGAGUUCUUCGACCGGAAGGACGUCGAAAUCUGGGUACAUGAAAAGGAAUUGACCAAUGCUUUCUGGUCGGUCGCAACCGGCGCAGAUAGUGGCGUGUAUCUGGAGCAUUAUCUAAAAUUAUCGCUGAACUGGAAGACCUUCAAUGACCAGACGCUCGACUUCUGUCAGGGCAUCACGCUGCACCAUCUCCCCGGCCACACCGAUGGGCUGAUUGGGAUGCAGAUCAAUAUGAUCAACACGGGCACAUUUUUUUUCAUCAGUGAUCACUGCCAUGUCAUCGAGAAUUGGCGCGAUGGGAUCCCUCAAGGCUGGUUGGCGCGCGAUCAUCCGUCUUGGUUUCGGAGUACGCAGCGGCUCAAGCAACUGCAGCGCAUCACCAAGGGACGGGUGAUUCCAGGGCAUGACAAGGGCAUCUUUUUGGAUCUUCAGAAAGAGGCAGAUGUAUUCACCUGACUGGGGAUUGGCUGAUGUCAGGAUGUUGGCCAGAGAAACCCCCACCAUCUCGGUGUAAGCAGGCCACUCGCCGAGAACGGCUGUAGCGUCCCGGGCCUGAUACUUCGAUACUUAUGUCAAUGAUAGCCUUUCC